AUGGUACGUGAGCAUCCGUGGGUGCAUCAACCACCUAACCGCACCAGGUAUGCAUUGAGCAAGCUUGAGCAACUCGAGUACAUUCGAGCUGCACGAUGCUUGAUCAACCAUCCGCCGAUAACCGGGUCAGUCGAGGGCGCGGAAACUGUCUGGGACGAACUGCACCGAACGCAUAUCUGGCAGGGCAACUAUAUCCAUUACGUUGGACAUUUCCUCCCGUGGCAUCGUUAUCUCAUCCGCGCGCACGAGCUCCUCCUUCAGAGAUUAUGCGGAUACACGGGUGCGCAGCCGUACUGGGAUGAGCUGGGAGAUUAUGAAUCAGGACCGAUCCACGAGGCGGCGAUCUUUGAUCCAGUGUUUGGAUUUGGGGGCGAUGGCGGAGAGGAUGGUUGCAUCCAGGACGGCCCCUUCCGCGACCUGACACUGCGCAUGAGCCGAGAGAGCAACCACGCCAACUACUGUCUGAGCCGCUCCUUUGACCAGCAGUGGUUUACCUGGGCGAACCGGUCCAAUGUGGAAGAGUGCUUUAUCAUGACCGAGUACGACGCGGCAUGGCAGUGCUAUAACGAGUUCCCGCACAGUGCGGGGCAUGCAGUUGUUGGGGGAGUGAUGGGCGACCCCGUUGAGAGCAGUGGCGACCCGAUCUUCUACCUCCACCACGCGUACCUGGACCGACUGUGGUGGCAAUGGCAACAGGCGGACGAGGCGAACCGGCUGACGGCGAUCGGGGGCGUGAAUGUGCCGCCGCAGAGCAUCCUCGACCUGGUGGGAUUACAAGGGCCCGAUCCAAGUGUGGUGGAUUACAAUGGUGACGAGGGAGACACGACCACGUUGAGGCAUGUCUUGUGGCUGCACGGAAUCGUUCCGAACGUGACGGUUGCGGAUGUGCUGGACCUGGGUGGCGAGGUGAUUUGCGCGACUUACGAGUGA